AUGACAUCGAUAAGCGAAAAGGCUCCGACCAAUCCUUCCGACCUCUCAGACAAGCUCCCUCGCCUGACGCCGCGCAAACCCUCCACGCAAGUGCCAGAAUCGCCCAUACCUGCACCCGAAACGCCUUCGCUGCCUCCGCCGACCACCUCCGCGAACGCCGCCACCGCCAGCAAAGAUGACAAUGGCGACGGCACAAGUUGGACCUUCCGCAAGCCGCGUCGCCGCAUCCUCUCGCCGCGCGACCACGAGCUCUUUAAGUCGUCGCCGACGUACACGCUCCUCCAAGCCUUCAUCUUCACCCUGACGGACAGCGUGCAGGACACGCCCAUAAAAGCCAUCGCCGACGAGCCGUCGCACCCGACGAUCGCCGCGAUCCUCGACGUCCUCGACCGGGCGGAGGCGGUGCUGGCGCGGUGCCCGGCCGAAGACACAGGCUCGCGCUUCGGCAACCCGGCCUUCCGCACCUUCGUCGACGCCGUGGAGUCGGAGCAGACGGCGUGGCACGACCGGCUGGGCGUCAAGAACGCGGCGGCGGUGACGGAGCUGUCCGCGUACCUGGCCAACAGCUUCGGCAACGCGUCGCGCAUCGACUACGGCUCGGGCCACGAGCUCAACUUCUUCUGCUGGCUGCUCUGCCUGUACCAGCUCUCCAUCCUGCCGCGCAGCGCCUUCCCGCAGGUCGUCCUGCGCGUCUUCCCCAAAUACCUGCGCCUGAUGCGCGGCGUGCAGAUGACGUACUACCUGGAGCCGGCGGGCUCGCACGGCGUCUGGGGCCUGGACGACUACCAGUUCCUGCCCUUCCUCUUCGGCGCCGCGCAGCUGCUGCACCACCGCUACAUCCGCCCCAAGUCGAUCCACUCGACGCUCGUGCUCGAGGAGUGCGCCCCCGACUACCUCUACCUCGACCAGGUCGCCUUCGUCAACAGCGUCAAGAACGUCGAGGGGCUGCGCUGGCACAGCCCCAUGCUCGACGACAUCAGCGCCGCCCGCAACUGGCAGAAGAUCGAGGGCGGCAUGCGCAAGAUGUUCGUCGGCGAGGUGCUCGGGAAACUGCCUGUCAUGCAGCACUUCUUGUUUGGUAGCUUGAUACCCGCCGUGGACGAGAUGAGCGACGAGGAGCUGCUGGGGUACGAGAUUGAGGGCGAGCCGGACGAGGAUGGCAACAUAAUAGUCAUGAAGGAUGGCAGGAAGCACAAGCACAACCCCAACAGCUGGGACGACUGCUGCGGCAUUAAGGUGCCGAGCAGCGUUGGUGCGAUGCAGGAGAUGAAGAAGAGGAUGGGAAAUGACGGCUUGAGGAGAGUGCCUUUCGAUUAG